UUUUCAGAUAACUAUUAUCGUGCAGAAAUGAUUGAUGCUCUGGCCAACUCUGUUACGCCUGCAGUUAGUGUGAAUAAUGAAGUGAGAACUUUGGAUAACUUAAAUCCUGAUGUGCGACUAAUUCUUGAAGAAAUCACCAGGUUUUUGAAUAUGGAAAAACUUCUUCCAAGUUAUAGACAUACUAUCACUGUCAGUUGCUUGAGAGCCAUCAGAGUGCUUCAGAAGAAUGGUCAUGUGCCGAGUGAUCCAGCUCUUUUUAAGUCUUAUGCUGAGUAUGGUCACUUUGUGGACAUCAGGAUAGCAGCCUUGGAAGCAGUUGUUGAUUAUACUAAAGUGGACAGGAGUUAUGAAGAACUGCAGUGGCUGCUUAAUAUGAUUCAGGAUGAUCCUGUACCCUAUGUAAGGCAUAAGAUUCUAAACAUGUUGACUAAGAACCCUCCAUUUACAAAGAACAUGGAGUCUCCCUUGUGCAAUGAAGCCCUGGUAGAUCAACUUUGGAAACUUAUGAAUUCUGGUACUUCACACGACUGGAGGUUGCGGUGUGGUGCUGUGGACUUAUAUUUCACACUUUUUGGCCUCAGUAGACCAUCCUGCUUACCCUUGCCAGAGCUUGGGUUGGUUCUUAAUCUAAAGGAGAAAAAAGCUGUCUUGAAUCCUACCAUAAUUCCAGAAACUGUAGCAGGCAACCAAGAAGCUGCAAGUAAUCCAAGCAGUCAUACACAGCUAGUUGGAUUUCAUAACCCUUUUUCAAAUUCUCAAGAUGAAGAGGAGAUUGAUAUGGACACUGUUCAUGAUAGCCAGGCCUUCAUUUCCCAUCAUCUGAACAUGCUUGAAAGGCCAUCAACUCCAGGCCUCUCUAAAUAUCGACCAGUUAGCUCCCGAUCUGCUUUAAUACCCCAGCAUUCAUCAGGAUGUGACGUCACUCCCACCACAAAACCCCAGUGGAGUAUGGAACUUACCCGUAAGGGAACAGGUAAAGAACAAUCACCUUUGGAGAUGAGUAUGCAUCCUGCAGCAACGACUCCUCUUUCAGUAUUUGCUAAGGAAUCUACAUCCUCCAAACACAGUGACCACCAUCACCACUAUCACCAUGAGCACAAGAAAAAGAAAAAGAAGCACAAGCAUAAGCACAAGCACAAGCACAAGCAUGACAGCAAAGACAAAGACAAGGAGCCUUUCACCUUUUCCAGCCCUGCCAGUGGCAGGUCUGUCCGUUCUCCUUCUCUUUCAGACUGAGACAGGGACAAAGAGCCCUUUUCCCUGUAUCAGAAGAAUAUAUAACUAAAGCUUUUUCCUCUGUGAAUAAUGUAGGAGGGGGUAAAAGAUUGCCUUUCUUAUACAAUUUGAGAAUCCAUUUAAGUUCUAGACAUUUGAUUUACAUCAUUUAUAUAAUUGAGGACUAGUUGGGAAAAUGUGUUCUAUGGUUCUGGAUAAACUAUUUCAUCCCUUGUUUCCUCCUCAAAACAUAUACACAGAGCAAACUCUUUUAACAAGAAAGGCCUCAUGUCCACUGGCAGUCCCUGUUCACAUCAUGGUCUCUAUGUGUACUGCCAAAGUCAAUUAUGUUAGAAAGCCUUGACGGAUGUUAUGGGACAAAGUUACGUUUUAAACAAAAGCAACUGCCAAAUUUGUGGUAUAACCGCUGUUUCCACUGAAAUACUGUGUAACACCAUGUGGAACUACUGAAAAGAAAGAGGCUUCCUCUAGGACCUCUUCCCUCUUGCACUACUUUUGUGUUAACCAUAGAAGCUAAACCCCGUAAUACAUGGGCGAAGAACGCAUUUCCUUUUACCCUAGAAUACCAACAUUUUUGGAAGAAGUUUUUUUUUUUUUUGUUAAGUCUGACAAACUAUCUCUUGAUAACACAUUUGGCAAUUAUGAUGUUGGAAUGUAGCAAAACAACCAUAUCCACAGCUGUUUUCAAAUCAAGAUGUUUAAUUUACAAGUUUUGUUUUGUCUUAAGUAUAAGUGAGUAUGUUCAUAUGUAAAAUAUGUUUUGCUAAAUGUGGACAGUUGACACACCCCACACGUAUUCUUUCUAAAGUUAUUCUGUCUAAUACAAAAUAUGAUACCUUAAAAAGGUGAGUUUGUAUGUGUUUAUUAACA